UAAUUUUUAAAAUGUAAUAAUGCUAGCCAUAGUGAUAUUUUGUAUUCUCAAUUUCAUUGCUGCAAGUUUUUUCAUUUUGUCAGCAUUUGUACAAUACAAUGACCCUGAUCCUGAUCUAUGGAUUCCAGUAUAUCUGGCUCCUGCUAUCAUUUCUGGAUUAAUUGGUUUUAAGCCGUCACUAUCUGAAUCAAAAUUUAUAAAAGUUUUUGACUUUGGAUAUAUUUUCUUUGGAACUAUUUUAUCUGCAUAUUUGUUCCAUCAAAACUACCAGGAUAAUUUCAUCCACUGGGUGGUGCAUGAUGAAGUGGGGAGGGAGUUUGGUGGACUUGUGAUCGUUAUAUUUUGGAUUAUUUUUAUGCACGAAACAUCACAUUCAUCUGUGAAGAAUUGGUUAUUGUCGGUUUUUAUAUGGAUUCCGAUUGCAAUGUGGAUUUAUGUUUAUAACAAUCAGGAAUAUCGUGAACUUUGGCCUCAACAUUGCCAGACUGCUCUUUAUCCAGGAAGUUAUCCUCCAGGAGAGGAAUGCUGAUAAGGCAAUUUGACAAUUAUUAUUAUAAGAAAAUUUCUCUAAGUAAGGUCAUGCACACGAAGUCAAAAGCAAAAGAGGUCUUUUUAGAUAAGUUACAGGCGACCACAGAAAGGUCAAGAGCUGUUGACAUGGUAAAGAUUUAUAUUGAUUAACUAGG